AUGGAUAGGAAUGCAUUUGCUAUUUUGUGUGAGUUGCUAAAAACACAGGGUGGACUAUUAGAUGAUGGUAACGUGACAAUUGAAGAACAAGUUGCUACAUUUGUAAACAUUUUAGAACAUUACACCAAAAAUAGAUGUCUUCAAGUUAGAUUUUACAGGUCGGGGGAAACAAUUAGUAGGUAUGUUCAUCGAGUUUUAAGUGCUUUGUUGCGAUUGCAAGACAUUUUGUUUAGCAAACCAACUCCGGUAGAGGAUGAUUGUACCGACAGAAGAUGGAAGUGGUUUAAGGGUUGUCUAGGAGCAAUAGAUGGAACAUACAUUGAAGUGACUGUACCCGAGUCUGAUAAACCACGAUACCGAACAAGAAAGGGUCAUAUUGCGAUUAAUGUAUUAGGUGCAUGCCCUCGGGACAUGAAAUUCAUCUACGUUUUAUCUGGUUGGGAAGGUUCAGCUACCGAUUCUAGGGUACUACGAGAUGCGGUUACACGAACUAAUGGUUUAAAAGUCCCAAUGGGUACUUACUAUUUGGCUGAUGCAGGAUACGUCAAUGGUAACGGAUUUUUGGCACCAUAUAGAGUACCUCUAUAUGGUGCCAAAAAUCCGUUACCAUUGACGUAUCCUGCAUCAGCCAAAUAG